CUCGAACGUCCUUUCUAUUUGGCAACAAUUUUCUUCCUUCCUCUCUUCUCUUUCUUCCCCCCCCAUCCCAACUCACUAUUCUUUUCCAUCGUCAAGUCAUCAGUUCUUGACAUUACCACGCCUUUCAAAUCUCCCCGGAAAGCUGUUAAACACGGCUUACGGAUUUACUUCACGUUUUGAUUCAUCAACGCCACUGAAGAACCACCCAGCUGGUUUCUCUCUCUUUUCGUUGGAGAAAGCCACCAAAAAGAGUCGCUCGAGAACUUGUUCAUGUAUUCGUCCUGUGUCAGAGAUCUCGAAUACCACCUGCCGCUCAAGCUGCAAUCGUUUCGCCCCACGUCGAAACCUUGUAGUAUACACUCUAAGUCCUGUGGCUGAAAGUUUGGGGCUGCCAUAUUCGCUGUGCCAGUCGUUUCGUUGAGACGAUCUUAACCGCCACCAUUCCUCCAACAUUAGGAACUCACUACGCAUGUCUUGUAAUUCCAAGACAUCCCUAGUUCGGAAUCCCUCCCGCCUCGUUCUCAGACACCCACUUCAGUUAGUUGCCUAAAGAAUUCUCAUCUCUAUCCACCAUGGCUACCGUCAACAUUCGUCGGGAUAUCUCCGAUCCCUUCUAUCGUUACAAGAUGGAGCGCCUGCAGUCCAAGAUUGAGGGUAAGGGCAAUGGAAUUAAGACCGUCGUUGUCAACCUGAACUCGGUUGCUCAGUCCCUUAGCCGUCCUCCUGCAUAUGUGAUCAAGUACUUUGGUUUCGAACUUGGCGCUCAGGCCAACGCCAAGCCGACCGAUGACCGCUGGAUCAUUAAUGGCGCUCAUGAUGCCGCCAAGCUCCAGGAUUACCUCGACGGAUUCAUCUCCAAGUUCGUCCUGUGCAAGAAGUGCAAAAAUCCUGAGACUGAUGUCAUCAUCAAGGAUGAGAAAAUCAUCCUGGAUUGCAAAGCCUGUGGACAGCGUUCCGAUGUUGAUUCCCGUCUGAAACUGAGCACUUUCAUCCUCCGCAAUGAAACUAGCGGAAAGGGAGGAAAAAAGAACAAGGCUGACAAGAAGACUCGUCGUGAGCAGCGGAACAAGAAGAAUGAAACAGCGAAUGGAGAGAACGGCAGCCCAGGAGAGAGUAACUCUGAUAAUGGCGACGCUGAGAAUGGUGACGUUGGCAUAGAAGCUGGCAGCGAUGAUGAACUUACUCGCCGCAUCAAGUCGGAGGCCCAAAACAUUGAAGCCGAGGAUGCCGAAGUUGAAUGGGCCGUCGACGUCUCUGAAGAGGCCGUCCGUGCUCGGGCCAAGGAACUUCCUGAUGACCUGAAGCGCUCCCUUGUUAUUGAGGAUGCGGACGACGAUGGUGUUGAUGGUCCUUCCGCCUAUGACGAGCUCGGAAGCUGGGUUCUGGCGACCGCCUCUGAAAAGGGUGGCGUCGCUGAAGUCGACGAUGUGGAUGUCUACAUGAAGGCCAAGGAGUAUGGCAUUGAGUCCAAGCACAAGACCUUGGCAGUUCUUGCUCAAACCCUCUUCGAUGAGAAGAUCGCUAAGCAGAUCCCCAACCGUGCUGGUCUGCUUAAGAAGAUGAUCACCUCGGAGCGCCAUGAGAAGGCCUUCUUGGGUGGUAUUGAACGUUUUGUUGGCAAGGACCACCCCGGGCUGAUCAGCCAGAUUCCCGCCGUUCUUCUCCGCCUCUAUGAGGAGGAUAUCAUCUCCGAGGAGACUCUCAAGGCGUGGGGUUCCAAGGCUAGCAAGAAAUACGUUGAUAUCGCUACUAGCAAGAAGGUUCGCAAGGCCGCCGAGCCUUUCCUCCAAUGGCUCGAGAACGCCGAGUCAGAGAGUGAGGAAGAGAGCGAUGAUGAGUAGGUUAGCCGAUCUAUUCAAAGCCCUCGGUUCUUCCUACGGAAGUUCAUUUCGGGAUUGUUUGUGUAGUUUUCAACUCUAGUUCCAACUACUUUACACUCAUUUCAUUGUUGACAGCGAUAUAGCUUGUUAUGAUGUUUCUGGUUUGAGAAUAGUCAGAUUAAAACAUAAAAAAAUUGUUGAGAUUAGUUCUUGCAAAUCAAACCUUUUUUCACCA